AUGGCAACUGGCUCAUUGACCGACGAUCUGGAUCUGCAAUUCUUAUUGAAUCAAUCUCAAUGGUCUUGUUCCCAAUGUACUUUCAACAAUCCCAUAGCAAACUUUCCCAUUUGUGAAAUGUGCGAAAACAACAAUCAGAGCAUUGUCAAUCCUUUUGGAGAUGCGGCUUUAUCUAUAACAAAGUGGAGUUGUCCACGUUGUACAUUCGACAAUUUGAUGAUUAGUCAACGAUGUACUGCUUGCGGACAAGCAAAGUCCUCAGCCAGCGAAAAUAAAGUACAACUGAUUAAUUCCGCAAAUGCUUCGCUAUUAACAAGUACAUCAUUACUCGUUCGCGAUCGACGAAAAAAACAUGAAAACGAAGCAGAAAAAAUGUUUCGACAUGUAAUCGAAUAUUGCAAAGCGCAUAAAACUAACUUUGUCGACGAUCAAUUCACACCAAAUAAUCGAUCUCUUGGAGAGAAAUCAUUUGACCAUGUAGCAGAAUGGUUACGCAUAGGAGAUGUUGCUCCCAUUGCUCAUGAAGAUCGAUCAUUACCACUGACGAUCUUCUCUUCUCCACAGCCCAGUGAUAUCCAACAAGGUGCACUUGGAAAUUGCUGGUUUAUGGCUGCUCUCGCACUCAUCUCAGAACAACCCAAACUUCUACAGCAUAUUCUUCUUACGAAAGAAGUCAACAAAGAGGGUGUCUACAUGGUUCGUAUUUGUCACAAUGGACUGUGGAAAACAAUCAUCGUUGACGACUAUUUUCCAUGUACUAAACACAAAUAUCUUGUUUUUUCGCAUUCAAAACGACGCCAGUUUUAUGUGCCAUUGAUCGAAAAAGCGUGUGCAAAAGUAUUUGGCUCAUAUGCUAGUCUGAGAAGUGGUACCAUGCUUGAAGGUCUGCAACUCCUGACGGGUGCUGCUUGUGAGCAUAUCGAUCUGCAAUCAUCUACUGAUCCAGUCUACCUUGACACUGUUUGGGGGCAGCUGCUGUCCGCAUAUGAAUCUGAGCUAUUGAUUGGUGCUUCAACGGGUGGAACUGGUAUUAGUCGAGAUGAAUAUGCUCGUGUGCAUAUUCAUGGUAACCAUGCAUUCUCCAUACUUGCAGCACACACGUUGGUUGACAGUUCAUCUCGAUUCGUGCUUGUUCGUGACCCUCAUUCUCGUUCAGAAUACAGAGAAGAUGAAGUAACUGAAUCUGUCCUAAAACAACUUCGAACGAUUAAUCCUGCACGACGAUCAACAGGUGCAUUCUGGAUCUCAUGGAGUCGAUUCCUUCGAUAUUUCUCAUCGAUCACAGUGUCCACAUACAAAAGUAGUGACUUUGAUGUUCGUGAAGCAGGAAGAUUUAGUCGAUCGUCUACCGAUGAUGUGUUGAGCUAUCGAUUUCACGUUCCACAAGCAUCGAUGAUCAAAAUCAGCCUUAUACACCACCGUCAUGCGAGAAAAACACGUAGUUUCCAUACACAGUCGUUUGUUUUAUGUGAUGUUGAUAACUCAAGAUCGCCUCCUAUCAUCGGCGCACAUCACCAUAGGAUCGUAUCUUCCCGUGGACGAUUUACAUAUUGGUCAGAUGCACUAGCAGCUGGCGAUUAUGUCUUAGUACCAUACUCCAUCAGUUUUUGGAGAUCGAGCAUUAGUGGGAAUAAACAAAAGAACAAAGACAACAGAUGCUGUCUUCUAUACAACAUCACGUAA